AUGGCGUCGCUCCAUCUCCCGCAUUUCCUGCCUCACCAUCUCCGGCGGAAUCAUUUCCCCGCCGAUUAUCGAAGGAACCGUUGCAGAUGUUGUUUGUCUUCUUCGGCGACGAGUGAAGAAGGUUCCACGGCGGUUGUGUGGUUUAAGCAUGACUCUCGUGUUGAUGAUCAUCCUGGUCUCCUCGCCGCGUCCAAGCACAGAAUUGUCAUACCUCUCUACGUCCUCGAUCGCCGCAUUCUCUCUCGAUACACAACGGACACCUUAGAACUAGCUCUUAUAGCAUUGGAAGAUUUAAGAAAAUCCUUGAAGAAGCAAGGAUCAAAUCUCAUGCUCAGAUAUGGGAAGGCAGAAAAUGUCAUUGAAGAUCUUGUCAAAGAGGCCCAAGCUCCCUUUGUCUUUGCGGAAGAAGAAGUAGAAUACCAUCUGUGUGAGGUUUUGGAUGCUGUUAAGAAAAAAAUGGAAGGCGUUUCUUUUCUUGGAGAACCACCGAGGAUUGUUGUUUGGCGGACUCCUUUUUAUGAGACCCAAAAUUUUCCGGACCUGCCACAAUCUUGGGAAGAGUUUAAGAAACUAAAGCUGCCUCUCACUUUGCCAGUUCCUGCAGCAAGGUUUUCAUCUCCAGGAAGUGAAUUGCAGUGGGGUCCUAUGCCAACACUCGAUGACCUCGAGGAGUAUAUGAAGGAAAGUUCAUGCGGAAAAGAGAAUAGCUGGAAGGAAAUGUCACAUGCAUCUGCUGAAAGAGUAUUAAUGGAAAGGGUUGGUAACUUGAAGGAAAGCAGUAUGAAGCCAAUUCUGGAUGGAAGUUUAGGGAAGAAGGUGCACAACUCUGCUUUUAUCACGAGAGAAAGAGAUACUGUUGGAGGUGGAACUGAGGCUGUACUUAAUGCCUUAGCUGGAUACUUAAGAUACUUGGAGGGUACAAGUCGAGAUGACUGGCAAGAGGUUCAUGCAAGGCUUCGUGAUGCCGAAAUUAGGCCCGGGGCUUCAUUUUUCAAACUUUUUGGACCUGUCCUGUGUCUUGGUAUUGUAUCUAGAAGACGGAUUUACUACGAAGCAAUCGAGUACGAAAAGGAAAGAAAUGCUGGAUUUAUAUCUCCGUUUGGGUAUUCAGCUGCUACUGUGUCUGCUGCAACUGACGCUGUGUGCUCUAUGGAGUGGUAUUCACUCGUGGCUCUAAAUAAAAAGAGCGUUAUAAGGAUUUGGAGAUGGAAGGGUUAUCUCAUUCAGUACACAGUGGUUGGCAAUGAAGGCCCUGCCGUUCUUCUUGUGCAUGGCUUUGGUGCUUUUCUAGAGCAUUACCGGGACAAUGUAGACAGCAUCGUAAACAGCAAGAACCGAGUAUGGACCAUCACAGUCUUGGGUUUUGGGAAAUCAGAGAAGCCAAAUAUCAUAUACACGGAGCUUUUAUGGGCUGAGUUGCUGCGGGAUUUUAUGAUUGAAGUAGUUGGUGAACCAGCACAUUGCGUAGGGAAUUCAAUUGGAGGGUAUUUCGUUGCAUUAAUGGCCUUUCUUUGGCCGGCUUUGGUUAAGUCCGUUGUCCUUGUUAACAGUGCUGGCAAUGUGGUACCUCGAUACUCUCCUCUCCUAAUCUCUAGAGAAAGACGAGUUCCAUUUGGUGCACAGCUUGGUGCUCGACUUCUUCUCUUGUUCCUACAAUUCAAUGUCAAAAAGCUAUUGAAGGACUGUUAUCCAGUUAAACCUGAGAGAGCUGAUGAUUUUCUCAUCACUGAAAUGCUAAGAGCAUCUCAAGACCCUGGUGUGGUUAUGGUCCUGGAAAGUAUCUUCGGAUUUGAUCUUUCGCUUCCUUUGAAUUACCUCCUCAAAGGGUUUGAGGAAAAAACUUUAGUUAUACAGGGAAUGAAAGAUCCCAUUUCGGAUCCGCAGAAGAAAGUGGACUUACUGAAGGAGCUUUCUCCAGGAAUGGUGAUUAAAAAGGUCAAUGCAGGUCACUGUCCCCACGAUGAGAUCCCAGAGGAGGUGAAUCCGAUUAUCUGCGAAUGGAUAGUGAAGGCUGAUAAGCAUGAACAAGCACUAAAAGCCUCAUCCCAGCAAAUUUACUACAGUAAUAAACAAAACUAA